AUGAUGCCUCGGAAGGACGAGGAAGACACGGAGGAAGUGCGGCAUUACAGCACCCCCGACACGGGGAUGUGGCUAGAAGAAGCACGGGCCGCGAUUGGAGAGGAGGACUGCAUUGUGCUGGGUGUGAUUGUGUACAGCGACAGCACGCACGCCUCGAGGAAUGGCAGACUGGCGGCAUGGCCUGUCCUGAUCAGCUUGUUCAACAUCCCAGAAGCGCUCCGAUGGCAGGAGCCGAGCCACGUACUGGCUGGUGUGCUGCCGUUCCCGCCAGAGUGGGCCUCAUCCACCGAGAAGACGCGCAUCUUCCAGCAGUGCAUGGAGGUCAUAUUCGAGCCCCUACUCCGCGCACACAGAGGGGCCGAAUUGCGAUGGUUUUAUGUGACGGACGCGACGGGCAAGGUGGUGAAGGCCUUUCUCUGUCUUUUCGGGCAGCUGGGGGACUUCCCAGAGUCGUCUCGGUCUACAGUGACUCUGCAGCAAGGGUCACAUCGGCCGUGUUCUACCUGCUACAUGAAGGAGACACAUCUGGCAGACCUGUCGCAUAAGUCGGUGACGCGGACGGUGGAGCUACAGAGACGGGUAGUGGAAGCAAUUCAGUCGGCGACCGACAGCAAGGCGGCGGAGAAAAUCAAGAAACAAUGGUCAACACACCCGGUGCAGUGCUACUUGGAAAGAUGGAACUUCGCCGAGACCACGUGGGGAAACAUGUUUCUCGCAUACGCGGCAGACCUUCUACACGUCCUGGACGGGGGGAUGCUACCGCGCAUGGGCAAGUGCUUCAUGGCUGGGAAGAGCAAGCCGGAGAGGUGCGAGUUUGAGAGGCGGCGCAAGGAACAGAAGAAGGACACGCGCGCAAGCGUAGUGCGCAUCCCGGGGGGGACCACAUGGUUCAGCACAGGGGCGAACUACGCCGCUUUCGAGCACAGGGGAAUGAUGCAGGUGAUACCCCUGCUUAUCGCAGACAACAUGGAAAAGAGCAAGCAGCCGGCUAAGGCGAAACGGGAACGGAAGGUGGCGGCGUUUGUGGCGUACGCCAGCUUCUACAAGGCGCUGGUGGGCGUGACAAAGCAUACCAAGAAGAUGGUGGCGGCGAUCAAGGACGCAUUCCCUGACCAGACGUCGGGAGGUGGCGGCGGAAGCGGGUGGAAACAGGCAGUAUGUGACGGCGCUGCGCGAGCUCACGGGUCAGACAUGGACGCACUCGCCGGGUGCAUGGUGGCGGCAGGCAUCCACACCACCACCAUCGAGGUGGGAAAUGUCGUUCGAGAAGGUGGCUGGGUGAUGGUUAAUAGCAGGUGCACACAGCCGUGGCGAUCCCCCGAACACGGAGGGGGGGUGCUUGUGCCCAAGGGCACAUUUGUGAAGGCCAGUCCUUCUGAGCGGUGGUUUUCAGACAUCGCAGUGUACCGGUCCGACAAAGAGGAGUGGUAUGCCAGGUGCCUCUGCAUCUUCCGCGCAGAGGGGGCAGAUGGGGAGAUGAGGCGACACGUGUACGUUAAGUACUACGAGGCAGAGGGCACGUGCCCGAUGACGUCAUGCCUGCAGCUGUCUCCCGGCCGUGUGAGAACAAGAUACGCGGUGGUUCCCGUGGAGUGCAUCCAGAGGGUGGUGCACGUGUGCAAGUCCUAUGUGAACAAGCGUGUCAUGCUCCUGAACAAGUUCCUGCUGACGGAAUGA